CCGCUCCGCUCAGCUCUCCUCCUCUCCGCUCUCCGCUCCUCUCCACUGCGGAACCUCGGCCUGUUUUCCUCCGAUCCCUCCGCCAGUGGCAGACCCAGCUCGCCAUGGACAACUCCGGCAAAGAGAAGGAGGCCAUGCAGCUGAUGGCUGAAGCCGACAAGAAGGUCAAAGCGUCCGGAUCCUUCCUCGGGGGGAUGUUCGGGGGAAACCAUAAGGUGGAGGAUGCCUGUGAAAUGUACGCCAGAGCAGCCAACAUGUUUAAGAUGGCAAAGAACUGGAGUGCUGCGGGGAAUGCAUUCUGUCAGGCUGCUCGGCUCCACAUGCAGCUGCAGAACAAACUGGACUCUGCCACCAGCUUCGUCGACGCCGGCAAUGCCUACAAGAAGGCCGACCCACAGGAGGCCAUCAACUGUCUAAAUCAAGCUAUUGACAUCUACACUGACAUGGGUCGGUUUACCAUCGCAGCCAAACAUCACAUCACUAUAGCUGAGAUAUAUGAGGCUGAACUGGUUGAUAUUGAGAAGGCCAUUGCCCACUAUGAGCAGGCAGCAGACUACUACAAGGGAGAAGAAUCAAACAGCUCAGCCAACAAAUGUCUCCUGAAGGUCGGACACUACAGCGCUCAGCUGGAGCAGUACCAGAAAGCUAUUGAAAUCUAUGAACAGGUGGCGAUGAGUACCAUGGACAAUCCUCUGUUGAAGUACAACGCUAAAGAGUAUUUCUUCAAGGCUUCACUGUGUCACUUCAUAGUGGACGAACUGAACGCCAAAUUGGCCAUUGAGAAAUAUGAGGAGAUGUUUCCAGCCUUCUCAGACUCCAGAGAGCUCAAACUCUUAAAGAAACUCCUAGAAGCCCACGAGGAGCAGAACAGCGAGGCGUUCACGGAGGCCGUCAAGGAGUUCGACUCUGUGUCUCGUCUGGACCAGUGGUUGACCACGAUGCUGCUCCGCAUUAAAAAGACCAUCCAGGGAGACGCCGGGGACCUGAAAUAGACAAGUUUAGAGAGAGGGGUGGGGGGUGGGGUGGGGUGGGAAGAGAGAAGAAAGAUCAAGGUAGGGGAGCUUUGAGACGUGUGUUGGUGGAAUAAGAAGAGAGACAGACAGAUGAAAGGGGGAUAAAGGGACUGAGGGAGCUUACAGUUGUACAUAUCAGUCUGCAUGUAACCCCAAAAUAUCUAAGCAUCACCUUUAAAUCUCCUUUAGACGACCCCGUGUCCCCGGUCCUACAGUAUUGCUCUCGUAACAAUGGACAGAAUCUUACUUUAAGAGACAGAAACAACAAAUGUGUGUACGUGUGUGUGUGUGUGUGUGUGUGUGUGUGUGUGUGUGUGUGUGUGAGAGAGAGAGAGAGAGAGAUAGUGUGUGUGUGUGUGUGUGUGUGUGUGUGUUUGUCCACUGCAGUAAGGUAAAACACUAUUUGAUGGGAAAGUGUGCAGCAAAGAUCACAUUUAAGGAUAUAUGUUGUUAAAAAAGGGAUAAUAAUGUUAUUUAUGAGAUAUUUAUUGUCUAUACUGAAAAUUAUUUAUGUUUAUUAUGGUACUCAGUGUUACGAUUUGUCUUAAUAUUUUAGGUAUUAGCCCCUCCUCGUCCCUCCUCUCUUUUAUUCUCCUUCACCUCCUCUCCUCAUCUGUUCCUCCUCCUCCUCCCCUCGUCCUCUCCUCACCCCUUCACCCCGUCAAAGUCAGUAAAAUCACCCGUUGUGAUUGGUUGGUUCUUUGUGUUCUGGCCGAACGGUUGGUCGGUGCGGUUGGCCACCACCAGUGCUCCCCCCGCCCCCCAUCACUGCCUCGUUUGUGCAUGUCUGUUGUCAUGUUGAUGUAAUAGUUCUCCGUGUCGUGCUAAUGUGUGAAGAACAUACAUGUAGCCUGGUAUCAUUUGUGUGCAAUCAGUAAAUAUGUACCUCAGAGUUGAAAUAAAAACACCAUGGCUCCAGAUAUAUAACUGAUUCUUAGUGGGUUUUUUUCAGUAGGUGGCACCUUUCCUGAAAUUCUUAAAGCAAUGGUAAAAGCCAAGGUCACAUCAUGAUUGUAGUUCUGAAUGCUCUUUGUUUUAAGCAACAAGUAGCAUGAUGUCAUGUUGCAUCAAAGACUGUUUACCAAAGUACAUCAUAGAUCUGGCUUGAUUUUAGUACAAAGAAAAUAAACAGCAUUUAGAGCUAAUUUUAUCCCUUAAAAUGCCUUAUUCCACUUUCUUUUUUUUUCUUUUGUUAUGGGAUACUCCUACCUUUUAAAUUAGCCACCAAGAAAUUGUUGGCAAUGAGGCUAAAAGCACCUUUACAACUAUGAAAUCGUGGUAAUAAAAUAUUUAUAUUGCUUAGAAAUAGAGUGCUUUUGUGUGGUGACAGCAGGUGGAGUCUCUAGUUAUCAGCUCAACUGAUUAACUAUUUAUUACUAUGACUGAAUCAUUUUCAGUAAAAAAAAAAGAAAAUAGAAUAAUGAUUCGAAAAUGAUAAUUCAUAUUGUAAAUCAUGUUGCACUUCCAAUAUUAGUCAAAAAUAAUUGCAAUUUGUUUGGGUUUUUUGUAACCCAGUUAUGCACUCCUCACUAUCAUUGUAAUAACCUUUGCAUAUUUGUAUUUUAUCUGCAUCGUUUUUGUUGUUUUUUAUUGGCAUCUGCAGGUGACUCCUCAAACCACAAGAUUACUUAAGAUUGCAUUUAACAAAUUCAGCAUGCUAAUAACAUAAUAUCAAAAUUGGCCACAAUUGAGCCCUGUGUGGCUGACAUUGAGCCUUGGCAAUGUUACCAGUGAUUGAAUAUGGCAUUAUUGAAUUAUUAACUAUGUAUGUGUUAUUUAUUUUAAUUAUAGGGUAUCAUGAUAAGGUAUCACUGCAAUUUCAUUUAAUUGAUCUUGUCACUUCAAUAUUGUGUGCCAACACCUGCUGAGUAGGGGUUUUGCAGGUGUUUCACUAAUUAUAAAUCACCAGAAACAGCACAGGUUGAGAUUGUAGCAUGUGCAGGUGUUACGCCAAAGUUUGUUUCCACUUCAAAUAGUGCCCUCAGAACCGAUAGGCUACACUCUGCGUUUGUCGAAGAAAAAACUACUUAGAAUUAGGAUAAAUGUAUUUCUAGUUAAAGCAUCGCAGAAAACGACUGAUAGGAGAAUGGAUUAGUUGUAAGGCCGGUUUAACUAUAUGGGCAACUGGGCAAUUGCCCAGGCGCCCCCGCCCUCUAAAGGGCCCAGGGCAGUGUGGGGACAAGCAACGUAUCUGGUUAUCUCUCACUUAUAUGUUAAACUGUCCAUCGGAGCCGUUGCUCAAAGAUGAAUUUUGAGGUGACAGGGUGAUUUCUGUUUAAAAUGAGCUGAGACCAAAAUGCUACUUGAUUCUAGAUUCUUGAUUCUUGUUUGUGUCUUGUCUUCCUCUGUGAUACCUCUAUCAAUUCAAUACAUUUGUGCUGCUAGGAAUAGGUGCUGUCAAAUAAAUAUUGGAUGCUUUGAAA